UCGAGCUCAACCUGACUCGCAAACUAUCGAUACGAAAGACUGCUGGGAUGUUGAUGUCUGACUAUUAGAUCCAUUUGUGCGGAUCCAUUUGUGCGGAUUCAAGUGUGUCCAGAAACUCCGUAGUUGGGAUUGUGGAGUGCACCGAAUGAGGUUUUGAAGGUAGUUUGGGCUGGUCUAGCAUCUGGCGCAGAGAUACUAGUUCGCACCUUAGUAAGAACCGGGAUGAAGAUGUCACGCUUCUGGGGGCGAGUAAGCUGGCUCUGAGGUAUGUAUCUUUGCACAAGGUAAUAUAUGCAGAUUUUGGAGUUCCUCGUCGGUGGGGUUAGCAAAUGCUUGCUGCGGAGCCGAAAGCAAGCAUGACAAAGCUCCUAGUUGCCCCUAGCAACCACUACUACUUCAACCCGCAUAUCAUAUCCACACGGACAUUCCCACAAGCGGAACUACUGAAAGGUUACGAGCAGCGAUGAACCGAUUUGGAAAGCUUUUAUUUUGUGGUUUUUCCCCAUAAGCUAAACUGCUGAAGCCUUGCAUUCCAUUAUCAAAAUGGCUAGACUGACGAGACCACGCACGAUAUGGAGCGACGACGAGGACGAGGAGUUUCCCGACCUUGAUGCUCUGGUAUCUAGGAAAAAAUAUCAGCCACAAGAAAACGAUCUGACGAUACAAGAGAAUUUGAAGGCUACCCCAAAAACAGGACUGGUGGCAAAGACAGCGUCAACAAUAAGGCGGAGAAAACUGGGGCCAAUAACGGACAAUCUCCUGCUGAAGGCAUGGGCUCCAGACAGCGCAGAAGCUGACAGGGAACGCAAUGGCGCGGGUCAAGGAAAGGGGAGCUCCCGACCAAAACGCGCGGGAGUCGAGUUGAGGACGAGGAACACAAGACCUGCGGUCGCUCCGCCGCCGUCAUCUCCACACGACGAAGACCAGGAAUACGUUUCAGCACAAGAGGAGAUCACCAUCAUCGAGGACGUGUCUAUGUUUGACGACACCUUUCACUCGUGCAACUCGGAGGAUUCGGACUUCGUGAACGGUGAAGCCAGUGAGGACGAAGACGAAGACGUGUUUGCAGAUUCGCCGCCGAGGAGACCGCGCUCAAGGCCGAGGUUGGGGCUGAUGGACAAGAAGCCACGGGCACGUGCUGGCGAGAAUGCUGCCGGCAGUACGUGCUCGAACCCUAAAACAAAGCCAGGAACUAGUCGUGGGCCGGCAGCAAAGGGAGGCAUCUCCUUGCAGCAGGAUCAUACGUCGAAGCUCAGAGGAACGUUGAGAAUGGGGGAGACAAGCACGGAAGGGGACAGGGAUCUGGCUGAUUCCAUGUCCAAACUCCGACUGAACCAAACAGAAGGAGAGACGGGAAAGUCCAGGACGUCAGCCACCAGCGACCGAGAGAUCACGCCUCCCUCAACACCACCAAGGUCCCGGCCCGGCCUUGUGUCGCCCAAGAAGCUACCCCGGAUCCCCAUCACGCCGCACCGCCCCAGUUCUGAUCUGUUCUGGAGCCAGGAGUUUGUCGACGACUGGAACGACGAGCACUCGCCUCGAAAACAGCUGUUUCCGGAUGCCGUCGCUGCUCGGCGAAACAGCCCAGCGAAGACGAGCGCGGAAAAACCAUCCCAGAAGACGGCGGGGGCGAAGAAACCAUCUGACCGCGAGGCGAAGAGGGCCUUCGAGGCGACGAAGCGCGAACUAGCCGAGAAGUUCCUCCAGGAACUCGACACGGUCAUCACCCAGGGCAGACUCGCCGAACUGGCCGAGUCGACGGGCGGCAUCAGGGUCAUCUGGACAAACAAGCUCAACACCACAGCAGGCCGCGCCAACUGGAAGCGCGAGACCAUCCGGACCUGUCAGCCAGACGGCACGACGACGACCAGACACAAGCACCACGCCUCCAUCGAGCUCGCCGAGAAGGUGAUCGACGACGCCCACCGGCUGCUCAACGUGCUCGCGCACGAGUUCUGCCACCUCGCCAACUUCAUGGUCAGCGGCGUGACGACCAAUCCGCACGGGCGCGAGUUCAAGGCCUGGGCGGCGCAGUGCUCGCGCGCCUUCGCGGACCGCGGCGUGCAGGUGACCACCAAGCACUCGUACGACAUCGACUUCAAGUACGUGUGGGCGUGCGUCGAGUGCUGUACCGAGUUCAAGCGCCACUCGCGCAGCAUCGACCCCGCCAGGCACCGCUGCGGGCGCUGCCGGGGCGAGUUGAGACAGAUCAAGCCCGCCCCGAGGGGUUCCGGCAAGAAGGCCGGCGGCGACGGGGAGGCCAGCAAGGGGAAGGUGGUGAGCGAGUACCAGGCCUUCGUGAAGGAACAGAUGCGGUUGGUCAAGGAGGAGAACCCGAAGAGCCCGCAGAAGGAGAUCAUGAAGAUUGUGGCUAGCCGCUGGGCGGCGAAGAAAGGGGCGGCAUCCGCGAUGACGCCUGAUCAGCAGGUCAAGAAGCUGGAGGAGGGCCUGGAGGAGCUUACUGUGUAGCGGAAGUCACGGUGUGGCGAGUGGUUUGGGGGGCGCGCGAGAAAAGCGGACGUGAGUGCGGAAAACAUGAACCGUCCCCGUUGUAUAAGCGUGUAAAUGUUACGUUGCGUAGGCUUUUUUAAAGCCGUCAUUACGGUCGUCACCAUCGUGAAGCCCGUCCAAAGA